AUGGGUAUCUCCCGUGAUUCGAAGCACAAGAGGCGCGCCACCGGUGGCAAGCGUAAGAUCCACCGCAAGAAGAGGAAGUUCGAGCUCGGUCGCCCCCCGGCGCUUACCAAGCUCGGCUCCCAGAGGAUUCACCCCGUCAGAUGCCGUGGUGGCCGCAUCAAGUACCGCGCUCUGCGUCUCGAGACCGGCAACUACGCCUGGCCCUCGGAGGCUGUCACCCGUAAGACGAGGGUCCUCGGUGUCGUCUACAACGCCUCGAACAACGAGUUGGUGCGCACGAACACCCUUGUGAAGAGCGCCAUCGUCCAGAUCGAUGCCACCCCCUUCCGUCAGUGGUACGAGCAGCACUACGGCAUCAACCUCGGUAAGGCUAAGACCGGUGCUGCUGCCCCCGCUAAGACUGAGGCCAAGAAGGAGGCUGCCCCCAAGAAGGGAAAGAAGGAGUCGACCAAGAAGGACGCCAAGAAGGAGGCUGCCCCCAAGAAGGAGGGUGAGGCUGCUGCUGCCCCCGCCGAGCCUGCUGCCCCCGCUGUCGUGACCGACAACACCAGGAGGAAGCUGGCCGAGAGGAGGAAGGAGCGCAUCCCCCUCGCCCAGUCGCUUGUCGACCAGUUCGCUGCUGGCCGUCUCUACGCGAGCAUCACCUCCAGGCCUGGCCAGUGCGGCCGCUGCGACGGCUACAUCCUUGAGGGUGAGGAGCUCAACUUCUACCUCAGGAAGCUCCAGAAGAAGAAGGGUAAGGCUCAGCAGUAA